AUGGCCAUGGAACCUCCAAGUGAGGUGGAGCAAAAGUCAAAGUACGCCGAAGAAACAGCACCAUAUUCGCCCGUAACUAGCCACGAAGUAGGCACUGUAACGACAACAUGGCAAGAUACGCUCGCAGAGCUCAAAUAUUCAUUUACGACGAAAGAUGGCUGGAUCGGUAACUAUGACUACGUCUACCUAAUCACCCCAAACAUCUGGCCAUUGAACAGAAAAUACAAAAACUACAAAGCCCCCUUCUACGGCCUAAACGACCGCGUCCCCAUCCUUCUAACUCUCCUCCUCGGCCUCCAACACGCCCUCACAAUGAUCGGCUCCAUCGUCUCCCCACCCCUCGCCAUCGCCUCAGGCGCCUUCAACUUCGACGCAGAAAUGACCACGUACCUCGUCUCCACCGCCUUCAUCACCACCGGCCUCGCAACAGCCCUGCAAGUCACACGCCUCCACAUCGCGAAAACCCCCUUCUUCAUCGGCACCGGCCUGCUCAGCGUCGUCGGACCCACCUUCGACAUCCUCCCGAUCGUCUUCAACUACGCCGCCUUGCGCUACAAAUCCGGCACUUGCCCUAUUCUCGCCGACGGAACACAAGCAUCGUGCCCAGACGCCUGGGGCGCAUGCUUAGGUACCAUGCUUUGCUGCGUCUGGAUCCAGAUAGGGAUGGCCUUUGUACCCCCAAAACUUCUCAACAAAGUCUUUCCAAAACUCAUCACUGGAUCGCUACUUACGUUAAUCGGCGUGUAUCUUGUCGGCAAUGGACUGCAGAACUGGGGCGGGUCCUCGAAUUGCCACCACGGCGAGGGGUUCUAUGCGCUUUGUCCGGAUGUUUCCGCUCCGAGGCCCUUGGUUUGGGGGCAUCCGAAGUUGAUAGGGCUGGGGUUUAGUGUAUUUGCUACUAUUAUCAUUGUAGAAGCUGUUGGUGCGCCGCUCAUGCGCUCGGCUUCUGUAGUCAUCGGUUUGGCGGUUGGCUGCGCCGUGUCGGGCGCAACGGGAUAUUGGUCUACUGAACAGCUGGAUCGGGCGCCUGGCGGCACGUUUCUCUGGGUGCAUACGUUCAACCUGUCUGUUGAUGGUGCGCUGGUCUUACCGAUGAUCAUCAUGUUUGCGUGCCAAGCGGUGUCGUGCAUCCCGGAUAUCCUGGCUACGGCCGAGUUGUCAGAUGUGGAUAUCGAGGGUACGGUGUUUAACAGCAGAGUCCAGGGCGGUAUCUUGUGCGAUGGCAUUGGCAGUUUCCUCAGUGCACUUGCGACCGGUCCACCGAUGGUCAGCCAAGCUGGAAACAAUGGUGUCAUAGUGCUUACGGGCUGUGCGUCUCGUCGAGCGGGUUGGGCAGCAAGUGGGUUUCUGGUUCUCAUGGGAGUCGUUGCUAAAUUCGGGGCUGUCUUUGCUUCUAUGCCUCCCUCGGUGCUCGGUGGUAUGCAAGUCUUCCUCUACAGCACCAUUGCCGUAGCGGGCAUUCGCGUCCUCGCACUCAUCUCGUGGACACGGCGCGACCGCUUCAUUCUCGCCGUCGCACUUGGUAUCGGGUUCAUGGAUAUCUGCCAGCCUGAUUGGUUUGCCCAGGUUCUGGCAUACAACGGGCCAAACGAGAACUUGAUCGGGUUUGAGCAAGGAAUCAAUCUCGCGGUGGAAACGCCAUUUGUCAUUGCUGCCAUUGUAGGCGUAAUCCUAAACGCAGUACUUCCGAAAGAUCAAAGUGCUGUACCGAUCUUGGCAUAUGGCGAUGAACGAAGGGCAUCCUAG